CGACGUCAGCAACGGCUUUGCCCAGGCUUUCCCAAGAUGGCGCCGCGCAGGGGGUGUCGUUAGUGGCUUGACGCGUUUGGGGCUCCGUCGUGCGCUGUUUUCUGUGAGUGGCUCCGGGAAGGAGUGAGUGAGUUCUAAAGUGAUUGCAUGAAAACUCCUUGAUCACCUGUCAAACAGGAUUUUUUUCUACAUCAAUAAAUGAAGGAAAACAAAGAAAAUUCCAGUCCUUCUGCGGCUUUGGCAAACCUAGACCACACAAAACCAUGCUGGUACUGGGAUAAGAAAGACUUGGCUCAUACACCAUCGCAAUUAGAAGGACUUGAUCCAGCAACCGAGGCAAGAUACCGUAGAGAAGGUGCCCGGUUCAUAUUUGAUGUCGGAACCCGCUUAGGACUACAUUAUGAUACGCUGGCAACUGGAAUAAUAUACUUUCAUCGAUUUUAUAUGUUCCAUUCCUUUAAACAGUUCCCAAGAUAUGUGACUGGUGCUUGCUGUCUCUUCCUAGCAGGGAAAGUUGAAGAAACACCCAAAAAAUGUAAAGAUAUCAUCAAAACAGCUCGUAAUUUAUUAAAUGAUGUGCAGUUUGGGCAGUUUGGAGAUGAUCCAAAGCAAAGAAAUAAUCCACUGCACAGGGGAAGCAGUGAAACUGGCCACACAGAGUGCAGCCAUAUGCAUACAGAAGAAGUUAUGGUUUUAGAGAGGAUCUUACUGCAGACAAUAAAAUUUGACUUACAAGUGGAGCACCCUUACCAAUUCCUGCUUAAAUAUGCUAAGCAACUCAAAGGUGAUAAGAACAAAAUUCAAAAACUGGUUCAAAUGGCGUGGACAUUUGUAAAUGACAGUCUGUGCACUACAUUGUCCCUGCAAUGGGAGCCUGAGAUUAUAGCAGUUGCAGUGAUGUAUCUGGCUGGCCGUUUGUGCAAGUUCGAGAUUCAGGAGUGGACAUCAAAGCCAAUGUACAGAAGAUGGUGGGAGCAGUUUGUGCAAGAUGUACCUGUUGAUGUCCUGGAAGACAUCUGUCAUCAGAUCUUAGAUCUGUACUCGCAAGGGAAGCAGCAAAUGCCUCAUCAUACCCCACAUCAGCUGCCGCAGCCUCCUUCGCUUCAGUCCACACCUCCGGUGCCGCCACCCCAGCAAUCUCAAAGUUCAGAGCAGUCACAACCACAACAGCCAAAAGAGUCUCAACCAGCAGGACAGCAGCAACAGCAGCCACAAGCUCAACAGUCCAAAAAGCCCUCGCCUCAGUCCAGUCCUCCCCGGCAGGCAAAACGACCAGCGGCUGUAUCACCAAAGGAUGAAACCAAAACUGCAGAGGCACCCCCUACUAAGAUUGCUAAAACUGAGGCUUCUCAUCCACCAGCACCCCCUGUGCAUCCACCACCUGAGCAUAAGCCUCCUCUGACAACUGCAGUUUCUAUGGGAGGUGAUCAGGCUACUACUCCAGUUGAUUCCGUAGACAUGGCAAAAGUCCAGAUUGCGCCUCCAUCUCAUCCGGCUCCUGUACAUCAGCCGCCACCUAUGCCUCACCGUCCCCCACCUCCACCCCCACCAUCUAGUUACAUAACCGGCAUGUCCACUACCAAUUCCUACAUGUCAGGAGAAGGAUAUCAGAGCCUUCAAUCAAUGAUGAAGACAGAAGCACCAACCUAUGGAGCUCUACCGCCCAGCUAUGGACCUCCUGCUCACUUGCCAUAUCACCCUCAUGUGUAUCCUCCUAAUCCUCCUCCACCUGUUCCUCCGCCACCGCCCACUUCCUUUCCCCCACCGACUAUUCCUCCCCCUACCCCAGGAUACCCACCACCACCUACCUACAACCCUAAUUUCCCACCUCCACGGUUACCUCCCUCCCAUGCUGUCCCCCCUCACCCCCCUCCAGGACUGGGAAUGCCACCUGCAAGCUACCCCCCUCCCACAGUGCCCCCUGGUGGACAGCCACCAGUACCACCUCCAAUACCACCACCUGGCAUGCCACCUGUUGCAGGACUUGGACGUGCUACUUGGAUGAGAUAGCAGUUGUACACAGAAUACUUUGUAACUUUGGGGAAUUGUUUAACAGGAGUUGAGCGGUAACUAGUGGAAUAGUUUGUAUAAUGUAGAGACUGAUGUAUGAAAAUCUAGAAGGCAGUGACUUAAAAUCUUUACUGGUCUGCUUACAGUUUAGUCAGCAGAGAGCAAUACAGGCUUUAGUUUCAAUAUUGCAAAGCUAGUUAAAAUCCAAGUUCUAAGUUAAUUCUAGCACUGGAUUACUUUGCACUAGUACAAAUGUUUUAAAGGCCAUAUUGGCUUAGUUAUAUUGCUAAGAAAAUUUGCUUCUAGAAAUCAGUGCCUACUUUUUAAGUAUCAGGAUUAAGGUUAUCAUUCCAUCUGAGAGAGAAAAAGGCUUUUCUGGUUUUCAUUAUAUAACAUUCCAGCAACACUUAGUUUGAAGUAACAGAGCCAAUUUUAUUUAAUAUAUUUAUACAUACAUAUACAACAUCUGCAGUCCAUAGCUGAUGAACAUCCGUUGGUGUUUGCCUUUCUGCCAUUUUUGUUUUGGAAUGUACUUGGAUCUUGACCGGUAAUGUAUGUUUACACUUAUGUGCAAAUUCCUGUAGAUAAUCAUCUAUGUUUUCUAAGUGUGAAAGUCUGAAUGUAAUGGCAUAUGGUGAUUUACAACUUGAUUUUUUUUAAAGGCUGACUUUGUUGACAUGUACCCAAAUAAACCUGGUUCUGAAAUCUA